AUGGGACGAAAAAGUCGCCCUUUGGUUGUUACGUUAAUAUCUAGGUUUAGUGCAAUCCUACCUACCAUGUCUAACGUCACAUUCAAUGGCUCUUCUUUUCUUUUGGGAGGCAGAGAGGCUUCUCUGGAACUGACACCAAAGAUUCUAGGGGUGGCACUUUGUGCAAUGCUACUUCUCCUCCCAAUUCUAUGGCACUCAGGGACGAUCCCACCUGGGACAAAACCAGUACCAGGACCGAAAGGCUUGCCACUCGUCGGAAACCUUCUGGAAAUACCCAAGAAGCACGCCUGGCUCAAAUACCGAGAGUACAUCGAAGAGUAUGGCCCCAUCGUGAGAAUCAAACUCAUGGGCCAGGACCACAUCCUACUAGGUUCCGAGUCCGUCGUGGACGACCUCCUCAAGUCACGCAGCGGCCUCUACAGCAGCCGCCCUCAGACCCAGGCGUGCUCGAUACUGACCCAGGAUCAACACGUGCUGAUGAUGCCGGCCGGCGAGCCCCUGCGCGUGCGGCGCCGGUUCCUCUCGCAGCUGCUUACUAGGAGCGCCGCGUCGCAGUAUGAGCCGUAUCAGUGGCUCGAGGCGUACCGCCUCAUAAUCGACCUUGUUCGCGACCCAUCGGACUACCAAAGGCUGAUCGAACACUACAGCGUCGCCAUGGGCAGCCGCACCAUGCCCGACCGCUCCGGUCCUCAGAAGGAGGUCAUCAAGAUCGGCCACACCUUCGAGGCGGUUCUCACACCCGGCGCGUUUCUGGUGGACGUGAUCCCUUGGAUGCGCCAUCUGCCCGACGCCGUGGCCCCGUGGAAGCGGUGGCUGAAGCGCAUGUCCCGGCGUGACGAGGCCUUCUACUACAGAAUGUGGGAGCGCACCAAGGCGGACCUCGACAACGGGCGGGACGCACCAUCGUGGACGCGCAUGUGCCUUGAGGACAUGAAGCGGGCGGCCGUCGGCGGCAAGGGGAUGGGUAUCACGGAACACGAGGCCGUGCACCUCAUCGGCGUCACCUACACUGCAUUUGGCACCACCGUCGCCAACAUACUCUCCCUUCUUCUGGGCAUGACGCGGCACCCGGAGUGGUGGCUGCGCAUGCAGGCUGAGAUCGACGACGUUGUGGGUGCGGGACGGCUGCCAACCCUCGCCGACCUCCCGCGGCUGCCGGUGCUCCGGGCCGUGCUGUCCGAGAUCACGCGAUUCUGGCCGGUGACGCCAGAUGGCGUGCCGCACGAGUUGACACAAGAUGAUGUCUACAAGGGGUACCACCUAAAGGCCGGUUCCGUGAUUCACUAUGUGACCUGGGCGUGCGGGCGCGAUCCGGAGAUGUACCCUGAGCCAGACACCUUCAACCCGGACCGGUGGAUUGAUCCCAAGUUCCCCACCUACAAGGAGCCGCUGACAGAAAACCCGAGUUUGAUGAACACGCUCAUGUUUGGAGCAGGCCGUAGGCAAUGCCCAGGCAUGAUCUUGGGGACUCGAAAUGUAUAUGUCCAAACCAUGAUGUUGGUGUGGGCUUGUGAUCUCGGCCGGGCGCGCGAUGAGGUGACAGGCGAAGAAAUUGUGCCGCCGCUGUAUGACUACUGCGCUGGGUUCAACGUCGCUCCGAACCCGUUCAAGUUCGACCUGAAACCUCGGGGUGCGGAGCGCAUGCGGAUGGUGGAGGCUGCAUACGAGAGAGCACUGGCGGAGGAUCUUAUGAAGGAGGAAUAG